AUGUCAUCUCGCGAGCGACUCGUCGACGACCAGACUAUGAGAGAAGUGCUUCAACAGGAACAGCAAAUCCUUGCUCUCAGAGGGAGGGAGAGGUUGGAAUACAGUCGGGCACAAGAGACCCUCAGCCCUGAAGAUUUCGCCCAACAAAAAGCAAUGCGCUGGGCAGGUUUUGAUCCAGUGAAUCCAGAGCUUAGUGGAGACGAGCUCUCCAUGGAUGCCGGUUACAUUGCUCUUCUCAAUGAAAAGCCUGACUGGUUUGCGGCUUAUGAGUCCGCUUGUAUGGAUGGUCACCUGUCCGCUGUGCAAUCCAUCGUUUGCGCGGAGACACGCACACCUAUCUUCCUUUAUCAUGGCCUCUCAAUCGCUCUACAGGCAGGUAGUGUCGAGGUUUCCGACUACCUCCUUUCUGUCGGUGCGCCUCUUUCCAAGAGGACACCGCAGAAUAUUUUUCGAGCACCCCAGUCCCAGAAAUUAUUCCUCUUUGAGCUCCUCACUCGUUAUGGAUGGGACCCGAAUGAUAAAUGUCCAACCUAUCAGAACGCAAUCUAUCCUCCACGAGAGGCGAAAGACCCCUUCUGGGAAAGAAUCAUACGUUCUGGGUGGAAAACAAGUUCUCACUGCCCGAGCUGGGGAGAUGUUGAACUGUCUAACUGCAUCAAAGACAUACCUCUUCUCCGCUGGUUCCUUCACCAUGGCGCCAAUCCCAACUGGAGGGAUGAACACCAACUCAAAAGACCUUCAACCCUCGAGUGGGCGGCACUCGAUAGUAAUACAGAGGCAGUGCAGCUUCUGCUUGAUGCAGGGGCAGAUAUUGAGAAUGGUGUUCCAUUACAUCGCGCCGCUGGCGUUCAUCCACCAGGCACAAAUCCACAUACGGGCCGUAUUACACCAUCCCAGGAGUUCGACCGAGAUAGAAUUCCAGUGAUGGCACUCUUACUACAGAGAGGGACAGACAUAAACCGAAGAGACGAGUUCCCGCAUAGGGAACCGAGGUAUGCACUCGCGUGUGCUAUAAGAGUAGGGGCGGUGGAAAGGGUCAAGUGGUUAUUAGAGCAUGGUGCGAACCCAGAAGCACAGGACCAUAUCGGAAAUGCAAUGGAAUAUGCACGUUGCUACGGUAGCGACGAAAUGCGGAUGGUAGUAGAAGAUGGAAUCAAAGCGAGGAAAUGA